AUGAAGUGGAUAAUCAUACUGCCUGUUUGCAUUUUAGGUGUUUUAGCACAUAGUCCUCCAAAGAAAGACUGCGUUGAACCACCUCCACCUCCGUGCCCCACAGAAAAAGAAUGUGAGAAGGUGCGUUGUUAUCAACCAACGUGUCAACCAGGAUUCGAUGCCAAAAAACCACCAUGCUCCUGUUGUUAUGAAUGCUUACCAAGAGAUUGCGAAACCAACUGCGAAGCUGUUCUUUGCCCCAAACUCGACUGUAUGCGUGGCGAAGUUCCCACUACGGUGAAAUGUAAAUGCUGUCCUCAAUGCCUACCAGCGCAAUUUGAGCCCCAUUGUGAUGGCGUAAAAUGUGUUAAUCCUGUUUCAAAAGAUUAUCAUAGUCACAGACACGAGGAACCAUGUCCAGAAUGUGAUAAAUGUUCAGAACCUCAUUAUGUUCCUGGCAAAAGGUGUCCAGACUGUGUUAAAAUACCAUGUGUCGAAGUUUUUUGUGUAUUUUGUGACGAAAGAAAGUUAGAUCAUUGUGGAUGCCCCAAAUGUGUGCCUAAGAAAUGUCCCGAGUGUGGACCUUGCGAAAAGAAAUCCCAAGAACUUGAUGUAUGUCAUUGUCAUAAAUGUAUUCCUAAAGAUUGUCCUAUUUGCGGACCAUGCGAAGUUGACACCGGCUGCGUAGAUGAAUGUGACUGUGCAAUAUAUGAGCCACUUGAGUGUCCUUGUUGUGGACCUUGUGAACAAGAGACAGGCUGGUAUGAUAAUUGUGGCUGUCCUAUUUGUGAGACCAUCCCAUGUCCUUCUUGUGACCCCUGUGAAGUUCCAAGUGGCUGUGUAGAUGACUGUGGCUGCGAAAUAUAUCGUCAAAAAGAAUGUCCCAGCUGUGAACCAUGCGGUACAGAAACAGGUUGUGUAGACGGUUGUGGCUGCCCUAUAUUUUAUCCAAUAGAAUGUCCUCCUUGUGGACCUUGUGAUGUUCCCACAAACUGUACCGAUGAAUGUGGUUGUAUUAUCUAUGAACCAAAGGAAUGUUGUCCACCCGACUACUGCGAAUUAGAAACCGGAUGUUUCGAUGAAUGCGGAUGUCCCAUUUAUGAACCUUUGGAGUGUCCCUGGUUUGGACCAUGUGAUAUCGAUAGUGGCUGUGUAGAUGAAUGCGGAUGCUCAAUAUUUGAACCAAAGCCAUGCCCUCUUUGCGGUGUUUGUGAAGAACCUACAGGCUCUAUUGACGAAUGUGGUUGUCCCGUAUACCGCCACAAAUUAUGUCCUCCUGCUGGACCUUGCCAAGUAGCAACAGAUCGCACUGAUAUGUGUGGAUGUACAAUAUACAAACAUAAGGAAUGUCCACUGUGUGGUCCUUGCGAUGAAGACACUGGCUGUAUUGAUUCAUGCGGCUGUUCUAUAUACGAACCAAAGGAAUGCCCUUCGUGUAACAUAUGUGAAAUCGAUACUGGAUGUUUUGACGAUUGCGGCUGCCCAAUAUACGUACCUAAGGAUUGUCCUUCAUGUAAACCCUGUGAGGUUGAAACAGGUUGCUAUGACGAAUGUGGAUGCCCCAUAUAUGAACCCAUCGAGUGUCCUUCUUUUAAUGAUUGUGAGGAACCCACGGGGUGUUAUGAUGACUGCGGAUGCCCAAUAUUUGUAUACAAAGAGUGUCCACCCUGUGGACCUUGCGAAGUCGACUCAGGUAAUAUAGAUGAGUGUGGAUGUAUCAAAUACGAGCCCAUCACGUGUCCAGAUUGUGGACCUUGCGAAGUACCAACAGAUUGUGUAGAUGAAUGUGGCUGCACAAUUUAUGAACCAAAAGACUGUCCCGAAUGUGGACCGUGUGAAGUUUCUGCCCAUUCCUAUGAUAUAUGCGGAUGCGAAAUAUUUAAGCAUAAGGAAUGUCCUUUAUACAAAUGUCCAGAAGGACAAAAACUUAAAGUGUGUCCAGGAGAAUGCUGCCCUAUAUGUAGGCCAUUAAAUUAUAAAUGUUAA